AAAAUCAAUACCGUUCCAGACGUGGUGUCGCUCGGCGGGUUAAAUAUACUCUGUAUGUUAGAAGUGACUUUGAUCGAAUCCGAAUUGAUAAUUCGUCUUCAAACGAUACCGAAAAAGUUUGUGGAUAUUAAUCUCUACAGGAUGUGUGUUUUUAAAACUGUAAAAAAUGUCUAGUAGCUAGAGAUAAGAUAUUACCAGUGCCAGCGGCUGUAUCGAUUUUCCCAUAGUACCUAGUUACUUAUCGAAUGCAAACAGCUCUAAACAUUCAAAGUGAAGAAAAAUCAAGCGAAUCAUGGUGUCGAGAAGAAAUACUAAUAAACUGAUUGAUUUAAAAAUUGGAGCAGUUUGAUUGAUUGAAUUAGUAGUAACGAAAAGUUAGUGCAACAAAGACUUUUCAAAAGUGUGAAUUAAAGCAACUGGAUUAUCAACAAUAUCAUCAGCAGCAGUUAAAAUGAAAAGUUUAUUAAGUGUGAUAGCAUUUUUUGCUAUCAAAGUGUUACUGCAAAUUGAAGGAUCUCCGCUAACCAUACGCUACUGCUUGCAAUAUGGCACAACGGUGCAGAAUGGUCAAGACAACUCUGAAGAUUAUGACGAUAGUUAUGAUGAUCCUGCAGAACCCACAGAUGACCCACUAGUUGACAAAAAUACGUCAAACGUUAUGGCUUGUACCAGAAACACACCCCUCUGUUAUUCUCUAUGGAAAACGGAAGAAUCGAAUAAUUCUACUAAAAUAUUGGUCAGAGCCGGAUGCUGGGAUUCAUCGGAUAAUAAGGAAACAUGCAACAACAACGAAUGCAUCAGCCAUAGUCAGACCUUCAACGGAUUUUUCUUCUGUUGCUGUUCAGGUGACAAUUGCAAUGCGAAUUACAGCUACGUUCAAAGUUCGGUGAUCGUUGAUGAUAGUGUUAGCCUGGGAUUGUCGGAAAGCAACUACGCACCGUUUGCGCCAUACACUUCCAUCUGGAGUUCGCCAACGGUUUACAUUUGCUUUACAAUGAUGGGCAUCAUACUGAUGUUGAUCAUCGGUUUCCUCACAUGUCGACAAACGACCAAAGCGGUGUCUGAGCUGGCUCCUUUGGCACCCUCGGGACCAGGCUACAGCUCCAACUUAUACAACGUGGAUAACUUGAAACUUGUGGCGAUGAUCGGACAGGGAAAAUAUGGUACCGUGUGGAAAGGCGUUGUGAACGAACAACACGUGGCGGUUAAGAUAUUCACAGCUCAGCAUCGGCAGUAUUUCCUCAAUGAGAGAGACAUCUACACAGUACCACUAAUGGAAUCACCGGCUCUUCUUAGUUACUUUGGUUCCGAUGAAAGGCGCACUAUGGAUGAUCGUAUAGAAUACCUGUUAGUGCUAUCUUUGGCUCCAUUCGGUUGCCUCCAGGAUUGGCUUGUUGACAAUAAAAUGCCGUUCAAUGUGUUUUGUCGGAUGGGAAAAUCAAUAGCACAUGGACUAGCACAUCUUCAUACUGAAAUACGCAAAGGUGAUCAAGUUAAACCGUGCAUUUGUCACAGAGAUCUGAACUCCAGAAACAUUUUGGUAAAACCGGAUCUAUCCUGUUGUAUCUGUGAUUUCGGAUUUGCAUUGAAAACUUUUGGUCCUCGUUACGAAUGCCGUGGAGAAAUAACACUGGCAGAAACCAAGAGUAUCAAUGAAGUUGGGACUUUAAGAUAUAUGGCUCCAGAAGUUCUUGAAGGUGCAGUGAACUUAAGAGAUUGUGAAUCCGCUCUGAAGCAGAUAGACGUGUAUUCUUUGGGUUUGGUUCUAUGGGAAUUGACAACACGGUGUGAAGAUUUUUAUACUGACGAAUCAUUAGUACCCAACUAUCGAGCUCCGUAUGAAGAAGAAAUAGGAUCACAUCCUAGUUUUGAACAAAUGCAAGUUUUAGUCUCCCGUAAUAAAGCCAGGCCUAGAUUCCCAGUUAUGUUAGAAAACAGUGUAGCUGCGAAGAUUGUAAAAGAUACUUGUGAAGACUGUUGGGAUCAUGACGCAGAAGCUCGAUUAACUGCUCUUUGCGUCCAGGAACGUAUACUAGAAAUCACUUCUUCGAAUCCAAAGGCUCAACUUCAGAAAGGACAAACACCUCCUUUUAGCACAAAUAAUCUAAUCAUUUCAACAUCUACACAACAUAACAAGGUUAGUCCGACUACAGUUAGCUUUACUACUCCUCCCAAUCAACAGGUUAUUCCACAUGCAAAUCAUUACUGUGAAAAUAAUGCCAUUUUGAGUUAUCCAAAAAUUAUAAAUGUACCAGUUACCGACCAAAAUCAAAUAAACUCACAAAAAACGCACAAACAUUGCACAAAUGAUGCAUACAUACCCGAUGAAGAAGAUAAAUUUGCUUCACUCACGCACAGUCAGCAGCCAGAAAUCGCUUUCAGAAACCCCUGCAGUCUGCCUAAGUUAGACAACAAUGAGUCUCAACGUAGAAUAAGAGGAUUAAACAGCGUCAAAGCAAUGCUUCAAAAAACAUUCAACAAAACCAAUUCUUACGAUCAACAUGAUUGUGAUGAUAAAUCUAAUCUGGUAGAAAACUCACUCACUUACAAAGUGAACGCAGAUAACAUUCCCCCGGAAUUUCUUAGGAACAAUUCUAACAGCCUACACAUAACCAUGAUUAAUACUGCGGACAACGACAUUGAGAAGGUGACCCCUAUCGAACGGCCGAACAAUCUGGACCUCUCUUCGGGUAGUGGGCGCUACGAAAAUAAUCUCGUGCGCUCCGUACACGAAAGCUCAAAGUUCAAAACUCUGCCCGAUGAUUACACCAGCCAACCAUUCACCAUGAUACAGACCGAUUCGCCUGACCACAAGCUCCGUAUUGUUGUAUCCAAAUCAGCAAAUGCUGUGAAAAAUCUAAAUACAAGUCGUUCAAGCUUGAACGGUCAAACGAAAUCAGAUGAAGAUAAACACAUGAAGCGGCAACGUUCGUUGGAAGUGUUCCACGAGGUUUUUGGGCCAAGGGGAAGUAUCGAAAGGCUCAGGAAUCCUAGUCAGAGAGUCAAAACGCCAGGUGAUGUACCACCUUCUGUCCGGAAAGUAAGAGCAUCCAAAACGUUAUCGCUUUACGAUGAUCGUAUGAUGGACACAACUAAAUUGGCAAAUUCCGUAUAGCACGAGGAGGUGCUUCUGUUGGAGCUUUAGACAUCGGCCUUCAAACAGAUAAGACACAACUGUGUGUGAUAAAAAUCAGUGUUGGUAACACACCGAGUACUGAUGUUCAAUUUUAAUUUAUUUCAAACAUUAAACCGUUAUCAGUUAUCAGACUCUUGUAGAAAGUUAUUUAAAUGGAAGUUUUCCAGUUUGGAAGUAAAAUGUAUGAAUCUGAAUAUCUACUCGUUCUAAUGGUAUUAAAACAAUUUCAGUAAAGACGAUACUCCAUAACGAAUUGGCCGUUUAGUCGAUCAUUUUAUAGCACUCUACUCUAACAAAAUGAAAAGACUCUUUUGUAGGCAUGUUGAACAAACGUGACUAAACGCACUAAUGUGUACCCGUUUAGCAGAUUAUGUAUAUUUCAAUGAAAUAAAUUUAAAAAAAUAUCUAA